UUGAGGUUUCAAAUGAAAACUCGUAGCCACUCACUAUAAUAUUGUAGUUGCAGUAGGUUAUCUGGUUAGUCCCCUGGCUUUUGAUUAUACUAGACUUAAUUGAAAGCAGCUGAGAAUUUUUAUAUUUACUUUGAUUGAGAAAAAUUAUUACAGGUGAGCUACAAUUCUCAAUUCACCCGUUUUUAAAAUAAAUAACUGUACUUGCGGAGUUUUAUUUAUUUUGCCCACCAGCCACUGGUAUUUAGUUUCAGCAUUGAUCAGAUAGAUGGCAGCUGGAAACAAGAUGAAAACGGAGGUCUCAACCGCUGCCACUUUUAUCAGCAGUUUACUGAGAACUAGAGGCUCUCUCACUGAAGAUGAGUUGCUUCUUUUCACUGAGACAUUGUGCAGUGCUCUGCUUGAGCACUAUCACCACCAUUGGUUUCCUCAAGCUCCCUGCAGAGGCUCUGGCUAUAGAUGUUUAAGGAUCAACCACAAAAUGGACCCACUCAUAGGCAACGCAGGCUCUGCCAUUGGACUUACACAAGAGCAGCUUUUCUCAUUGCUUCCAAAAGAGCUGACCUUGUGGGUGGACCCUUACGAAGUGUCCUAUCGAAUUGGCGAAGAUGGAUCCACGUGUGUUCUCUACGAGUCCUCACCAGCGCAGCCUAAAUGUGCCACCUCAGCAGAUACAUCAGGCCACUACAAGGAGGAACUGAAACUCAGACGAUCGAAUCGAUCAAAAGGGUUCAGUAUAAUGGACAUGUUGAAUUUGAGAGGUUUUACACCAAAACCCUCACUCUGA